CGGCGCAAGAAUGAAUCCUUGAUGUUUCUAGAAUUAGAAAAUACGGCUUUUUUUUAUAAGGGCUGUAUCAAACUGACCAAUCAGAAAACGACAAUCAACGCUUUAUCUCAUUAGCGCGAAAUAGGGAAUUACGUCCAUGGACUGGCACUCCAGGUGACGACCGAGUCUGGUGACUCGCGUCUGAUCGUAUUUGUGCUGUCUGGAGCCACCAAGCAUCUCUUCUUAUUGUUAGAGAGUUAGUUUUCCUAGCGAAUUCAAAGACCACCCAAUCAAGUUUGGAAAUUAGCGUAUCGACAUAUGUUUAUAUUGGUCUAAAAUGUAGCAUAUUUUGAUGAUAGGAAGCCAGCACUUACUUCUGGCACACUUUGUAACUUUUGUGCAAAAACCCUGGAAUUUUACUUCGGGCGCCUAUCGGGAAACGCACGAUAUUCCCUGAAUGUUCCAAACUUUCCCCACGAAAAUGUCAAAAGUUCCAAAGUGCACUCGAAGUUUAAAAACAUGUUUCACACUGACCGAAUUCGGUACAUGCCUUUAAUGUCAUGUACAAGACUUAAACGUGAAAAUAAAUUUAAAUCGUAACAAUAACGGGUACGUAAUAUUCUUUUCCUCUUCAUUCCAUCUCGUUUACGCUCUCCGGCGAACUGGGUAGCCGAGUGCUCUCCGCGUAUUUUGAGACGAAGAUAGGCACCACCCCACACCUACAAGCAAUUCUGUCACCUAUGAUAAUUGUAUUACGAAACAUAUUAAGCUUAUCAUAGGUUGGAUAGCUGUUUAAAGUAAAUUUAAGUCUACUUACUGUAGCUACUGGAAGGAAUAUCUCACGACCGAUAGCAUAAACCUGGAGAUGGUACCACUUUUUGACUAUGCGGUAAAUAAAUUUCAAACAAUUACUUGCAUACAAUCAACAGGCAAUCGUGCGAAAUUUAUUUACUGCAUAAUAAAAAAGUAGUACCAUCUCCAGGUUUGUGCUAUUGGCCGCGAGAUAUUCCUUCCAGUAGUGACAGUAAUUAGACUUAUAAAUUUACCCCAAGUAGCUAUCCAACUUACUUCAUUACUUAAUGGUAAAGACAUGGAUAAUUGCCAACAAAACGAAAUGUAGGAAUGUUUAGUCAUUCCAGCCAUGCCCAUUCUUGACGACAUUAGGACAGUUGGUACACGGGAGUCCAUCACGAAUGAGGAGACACGAUCGGCCAACUUCGUGUUUGUUACGGUUACGCUUGAAGUAGCUUUUUUCUGAAGAAAACGAAAACAGGAGAUCACCACGGUAACCAUUGUAGUCAGACGCUGGACAGCAGUCCCUUCUAGCAUGUUUGUCUACUGAAGUAUUCAAAUGGUUUCGACGGAAUAGAAGGGGCUUUUGCUUAGCUGGCUUCCGCAUCCAUGAUCUGUGGAUCAUUGGUUAGGUAGUACUAUUUGUGAUCUUUUUUCGUGUGUAAUGUUGAAAGGGAGCAAAAGGUAGGAGGUAAAAUUUAGAAAUUCAGUUAGCUCUGAGCAGAUCCCACACGUCUUAGGUAUCAAACCGGCGUUUAAAGGAUCCAGACGAAGUAGCCUGUAUCACUUUUGCAAGAAGAGCAUCCCAGGGUUUAACAACUCGUAGGGAGUGGAAAUUGUGUCUGACAUCUAGCCUGCUAUAUUCUAGGCUUAGUUUCUUUAUGUCUUCUAAAAUUGGUGCUACAACUAAGAUUCAGUGAGUGACGGAGUGUGUGUUCAGAUUUUCUCAAGAAGUUGUGGGUCAACAUCAAGCCUCUAUUCUGUUCAAAACAUUAGCCUUAUAUUUGGACUAGAGAACUAUCUGUACCCCGUAUAAACCGUUACCCGGAAAAUGUCUCGUAGCUUAGUACAUAAACCUUUACUGGGUUGUUUCAGUAAUUAUUAAUUACAUUCUAGGUAUGAUUUGACCACUGUUAACCUUAGUCGACUAAAAUGGCUUGGAGAUGUACUGGGCAUGCCGAGCGACCACCGCCCUCGAUGUGCCGUGCCAGAGGAAGUUGGCUUAGGUUGGAAGGCGGCCGAUGAAAUCUCUUACUGUUGACCUAAGCCGUUUGGGGAGAUGUAGAUUGCCUGGUUGGGGUCCCCGAGACGAAAGAGAUCAGUGGUUGAGGGCUCUUAGUGACACGGCUGAAAAUUAGUCACAAUGGUGCAAAUGUAUACACUUCACAUCUAAUGCUUGAAUAUUCGCACUAACUUAUUUUCAAGUUGUUUAUUCUCUCACACAACUUCGUCUAAUUGAUAUGACUUUUUCUAUCCGCCUGUUGUUUUGUAGUACUAUGAAGUGUGGCUGCUUCAGCCGAUGCACUUGUGUGCGAGGUUAUACGUUGAUUUUGUUAGUCAAUCAGCAACUCUUUGAGGUCACCAGUCACUUAAGAUCCAGGGGACAUAAAUAGUAGACCAGGCAUAUUUCUUAUCCAUGCUGUUUAAAUUCAGGCAUAUACAUUCGUCUUCCGUCAUUAAUAAUGGUGCCUAUGAAACUAAUAUACUUACUGUCUGUUAACAUAUUUUCUGUUUUCUUCAUUCAUUCUUAUUUGUUUUACAGGUAAUAAUUUUAUAAGAACUAAUGGAUAAAAGCUUGACGGAGAGUUUUUCCAGUGCAGAUUUUGAUGCUAGAUUAUUUGUUUCGUAUGUCGUUGGGACCAACAAAGUUUCAGAUGUUUUAUGCACGAUAGAUAACCGAAUACGAGAGUUAGGUGGACUUAUUCAACAACAUGUGGCCGAUAAUCAUGUUGAUCUGUUCAAGAGAGCUUCUGACAUUGAUAAAUUGCAAAAUGUUUUACAGAUGGUUGAAAACAGAAUUCAAAACUUGUCAGUAUCAAUAUCUAAAGUUAAGAAGAAAAUAGAUGAUCCACACGAAACUUUAUCUUCAAGUGUAACUCAUUUCAGAAACCUUCACAUUACUUGUUCUCUACUUCGUAAUAUCUCCCGAAUUGCAACGCUAAUGAAGCGGAUUCAAAGCAGAUCUAAAGAUUUGUGUCAGUCAUCAAUGUAUAUGAAUGAGAUGGAGUUCUUGCUUAAUAAUAUGAAUUGGGAAGGAAUCCAUGUGUUGGAAACCUAUAGUCGUACGCUGAUCCAACUCCGGGAGGAUAUGGUAUCACAAUCAUGGGAUCUUGUGAAUUCAUCUUAUGAGCUAUCUGAUCAAGCUCAGUUGGCCACGGGACUACAGGUUUUCUACAAUUUAAACAUGUUAAUGGACGUAGUUCAUGAAUUGGCAACUAGAUGGAAAACUGAAUUCAAUUCUGUUUUGUCGAAUUCUGUUGACAUCGACUCGUUAACCCAACGUAUGCGAACACGUCAACAAAUCCAACAAGGAACUUCUGGUCCAGGUAGAGCCUCAUUAUCAGCGGUUGGUGGUCAAGCUGCUGCUUUUCACGUUGCUGUCUGGACAAGUUUAGAUGGUGCAAUUGAUAAAAUGGAACAGCUUAUAUCACGCAGUCGUUUACUUGGUAUCACUUUAAUGAAACAGCGUGAAACACGUGGUGGUGAUGUUUGCAUGACUAGUAUCCAUCGUUUAGAUGAAAACAUUUCAGAACUAUAUCCAAGUUUAGCUGAAUUACUCAUACAUGAAAUGCUAACUGAUUGGCAGAAUCCUAAGAAAUCUGAGAUAUACACUUCUAUUUUGCUAAUUUUUUCAUCUGCGAAUUUUAAAGGAACUCUCAGUCGUCAAGAACAUAAAACGGAUCUUUCUUCAGUGAAUGACUUCCUGUCUCACAAAAUAGUGGAUGGCAAUCGCACAGCUCUUCGUAAUGCUCUAGAACAGAAUGAAGGAUUUCUUGGAUGGGCAUCAGAUGAGUUUGCUGCUAAACUUUCUAGUAUUUCUAACCAGUCCCCAAUAAUAAAAGAAGUUCUUGAAGGAGAAUAUCCUAAACUGUUAAAGUUGAUACUGGACUUAGGACGUCGUGUAACCAAUACACUGUCUGAUGAGUUUAAUGGAAAUCAGGAGUUUGAUCGAUAUGCAACGGGUGUUCGAAAUAUCUCUGAACUUCCUUCAUGCUUAGUUCGAGCUUUACAACCAGUAACUUUAGCCUUUUCAACAUCUACAACAGCGGGACCAGAUAAUAAUGAAUUGAAUGAUAUUGUGCAAACAGCGGUAAAUGAAUUAGCAUAUGCUACUGUUCAUCAUGACCUUUUGUUUAAAGUUUGUCGUAACCUGGAUAAAUUAAUUGCUCUGUUUGCAACAAAAGUGGAAGCUUUAGUUUCUACUGGUACCAGUUCAACUCAAUUAAUUGAUUGUCAAACAUCUGAACAACAGAACAACAUUUACUUGGUCAAUCUUUUAUGCCAAUUCGGUACGCACUUACAGUUGACUGUUAGUAAACGAUUGAAUAACUUGAAUGUAUUAUCAGUACAAGAUAAUCAAACUAGUCACAAAUCUUCAGGAUCUACUACUACCACAGUUCAAAAUCCAUUGCAAUUAAUUUCUGAGUCAACUGCCAGUCAUUUGAAUCACUUGUGCUCAUCUAUUUUAGACCCAUUACUUUCAGCUAUCGGUAAAACAAUCGAUGAAAUUUUAAGUACGAUGCACAAUGAGUAUGAUCAUCAAAACGUAUCAUCAAAUGAAUCCAGUAAGUCGAAAUAUCUACAGGAAUUACAGAAUUUCACUGCUCGAAUUCGACAACAAUAUUUAUGUGACCUUUCAAAACCUCCUAAAUCAGUUAGCAUAGUACCUAAUAUAUUUGCCAAAUCAGGCUGUUAUACGUGUGGUGAAUUCGCUCUACAACAUACUCUGAAACCGAUGCUUGAUAUGUGUAUCAAUAAUUUUCUCUGGCGUUCAACCUUAAUUCGUUCUUCGAACGAAUCAUUACGUCUUCAUUUAUCUGUUGACUGUAAAGAAUUCGAAUUAGCUUUAAUGCCAUUAUGUUCCCCUAACUAUGGUUACACUUUGAGCGAGUUGGUCCCAGAAUCUUAUAGAAAUUUACGAGAAUUCUCGUCUGUUUUAACCUUGGAGACGGAAAAAUUGGUUAAGAUGUAUGCUUCUAGUGAUGAUACAAUCGACUCUUCAUCAAGUCAACUGCCACCAAGUCUUGUCUACCAACAUAUAUUUAGCCGGGCACCAGAGGAAAUUCGUUUACCUCAUGUUACUGCUGGUUGGUCUGUUAAUUACUAUGUUUCUUGGCUGUUGAAAAGGAAAAACGAUACGGAACGUUUGGCUCUACUGCAUAACAGCCUGUCAGCGUAUGUACACGAGGUUCAACUGAGGCAGCAAAGAGAAUAUCCACCUAUUUAUUUACAACUGAAAGAAUUCUCAGACUAUUAUUUUAAAAAAGAACAAGUCUGA